CACCGGGACAUACGCCAAAAUCGCCAAGAAUUGAAGAGACCAAACCCUAGAUCACAAAAGGGGGCAAAUUUUAGCAGUUUCUCCGAUCUCUCGAAAUCGAAACCCUAGAACCUAGAAGAAUGGGGCAAGCGGAGAAAUUGAUGAACCAGAUCAUGGAACUGAAGUUCACCGCGAAGAGCCUCCAACGACAGGCAAGAAAGUGCGAGAAAGACGAGAAAUCCGAGAAACUCAAAGUCAAGAAGGCAAUCGAGAAAGGUAACAUGGAUGGAGCAAGAAUUUACGCCGAAAACGCGAUCCGUAAGCGUAACGAACAGAUGAAUUACCUUCGUUUAGCCUCUCGCCUCGACGCCGUUGUCGCGAGGCUUGAAACACAAGCGAAGAUGAAUACGAUCAGCAAGUCUAUGGGAUCGAUAGUCAAAUCUCUUGAAUCAACCUUAGCGACGGGUAACUUGCAGAAGAUGUCGGAGACGAUGGAUCAGUUUGAGCGACAGUUUGUGAAUAUGGAGGUGCAGGCGGAGUUCAUGGAGAGUUCUAUGGCUGGAAGCACUUCUCUCUCGACUCCGGAAGGAGAGGUUAACAGCUUGAUGCAGCAAGUGGCAGAUGAUUAUGGUCUAGAGGUGUCGGUGGGUUUGCCACAACCUGCUGCGCACGCUGUGCCAACGAAGAACGCCGAGAAGGUUGAUGAAGAUGACCUUUCUAGGCGUCUAGCAGAGCUAAAAGCCCGUGGGUAACUGAAAAUCGUCAGAGGAGUUGUGAAUACUCUUUAUAUAUUUGGCAUACUAUCUGCUACCUGAAUAAGUCUGUACAUUUGCCUGAGUUUUGAUUUGGUUGUAUCUCUGACUGUUAUACUGCUUCAAUCCGAUCCAUGCACAUAUAAUUUGAUGGCACACAGCAUGAUGCUUUCGUUGUC